UUCGAGAAUCAAACAGCUGACUGCUUAUUACUACACCUUAAACUCGACUCACGUUCGCGCUAGUCAUACUCUAUAUCUUGGCAAGUGAAGUUUUGCAAAACGUCCCACGAUAAAACUUUUUAUACUGUGAUCAAAAAUGUUUAAUGCUUAGCGAAACUGCGAUUUAUAUAGCUAAAUAUGUCGAAUCAUCGCAUAACAUUAUUUUUUACGAUUACUAAAUUUUAUUUGAUUCUAUAUUGAAUAGUAUAAAAAACAUAAACUCUAGUAUUAAAUGAAAAAUUAAAUCAAUGCUAACACGCAAAAGGACUAUAACUUAAAACUUGUUUAGAAUUUUUAUAAAUUAUACAAUUAUGUUUUCGACAAAAAUUGGCAAAACAGCUUCUAGUGGAGUUUCUGUAUUUGGAUCUCAACUUGUGGAUAAAAAAUCAUCAACUCCUUACACUGAUGCCACACAGACUAAAAAAAACAAUCCAAAUCAUAUUAAGAGGCCAAUGAAUGCAUUCAUGGUGUGGUCACAAAUCGAGCGCAGAAAAAUUUGCGAACAAACACCAGACAUGCAUAAUGCAGAGAUUUCGAAGCAACUAGGUCGACAGUGGAAAUUGUUAGACGACGAAGCACGUCAGCCAUUUAUUGAAGAAGCAGAGCGCCUUCGCCAACUGCACAUAAAAGAGUAUCCCGGAUACAAGUAUCGACCUAAAAAAAAAACUAUCAAAAAAUCUUCAAAGACUGAAGAACAGAUCAAAAGGACAAAAAAGUCCUUACUUCAACGUGUACUGAGCAAUGAUACAAAUAAUAAUAAAAGUAGCAAACGUUUAAGGAAACGCUAUAAUGUAAAGUCUGUUUCUGCCAAUGUCUCCGAAUCGACUGGCAGCAGUAUAUCCUUAUCAUCUCUCGUCCUUGCUCAAGUGCCUUAUAGUCCCACAUGUGAUACACCAGAUCCCUUAGAAAAUGCGUCGUUUUAUGAUGACUUGUGUCACAACCAAAGUUUUUCUACCGAAAGUGAUAGUUUAAAAAGUGAACACAUGAACGAUGGCCAUAUACUGCUCCCAUUUGAUGAUACAAGUAAUUCUACAAAAUGCUAUGAUAUAACCAGUUUUUCUUAUUUAGAAGCUUUAGAUGAUCUCUUAUCUUCUUCCACUGAUCUCUUGCAUGACAUUGAUUUACCAGUAGUACUUGAAGACACUGAAAUUGCGACUGUAAAUACAGGAUCGCAUCUACAAUUCUCGUUUACAGGAGAUCUGACAAGUACUCUCGGUUUAAGCGCUUGUUUUGAUUCUCAUGAUUACUAGAAUCUUAAGGAUUACUAAAAUGAUAAUUAUUAUUUAGUUACUUAUUAAUAAU